UGAGACGUCACCGCCUGCACUUAUGCCUCUGGUUCCUCGUUUGUUUUCUUUACGGAGAUCAUAAAGAAUUGCACGACUUUGUCCUCCAAUCUUAAUUGCAAUGGAGGGAAGCGUCUCGAUGAAAAAAAGUACCGACAAGGUGGAAAUGCUGGGAACUUCUCCCACAUCCUCUGAGAAAGAAAUGAAGGAGCUCAACUUUCGUCCUUAUGAGAAGCGCGCUGCCAUUCCUCUCUGGGUUUGGGUGCUCUUGGUGAUAGCUUCCGUGCUGUUUUUAGCGGGGUUUAUCACUCUCAUGGUAGCUGUUACUAAGAAACCUUCCUGUGAGGGUGGCAAGGUUGAUGGUGAUAAAGGCAACGCUGGAAGCGAAGUAAGUACGCCUUCGGUUUGUAAAUUCUCAGCAGAAGCCGAUCGAGUGAACCUGCCUGACUUCUUGAAGAGAGUGCAUGAGGAACAUUACACGCAAAACAAGCACUACGUUAUUUGGCGGUCAGAUGUUGUUGAUAUGCAAGAACAUGCUAAGCGAAGGUAAAUUAUAAGUCGUAAGUCAAAUGUCCACAGAACUGAGAGAGUAAUUCGUUUAUAGUUUUGAAUUAAUUAACUUAAUUGAUUCCGUAGUCGGCUGCAAUCCGUGACAACCCUUGAUAUACUGAAAACAAAACAGUCGCAACAACCCAGUUAGUCUACAGUUCUCCCUCUUUUUCUGUACAAUGUGGGUAAGAAUCCUUGAAACGUUCAGAAAAGCUAGGAGGGAGAAGGGGGAAGCGUGGAAUGCCUUCAUAGGAGCAAUUUUAAUUAGAUAAAGCACAUUUCAUGAAAGCCUCUGAGUAUGAUAUUUCUGAAAGUGUCCCUACUCAUCUUUACGGGGCUUCUAUUAAUAGACUUUCCCUGACUUUUCCCUAUAAUAUUAGGGACUUGAAGUGUGCAAAUGAUCAUAUUGCAAAGCUUGUUUAAUCCUUUUCGCCCUACCAUCAGUAUGCAUAUUUUCUAUACAGUUCUCCUUAACUUUCCAGAGGUGCACCUUUAGUUGAUGUGGCCUUCAUGUUUGAUUCAGGGGUGAUAUUGCAAAGAGAAAUUAAAUACUAGUCACUCUUAGGGGUCAAAUGGUGAGGAGUUUUUAAUUGGCUCGGUUUGGCUCAUGUCGUUUUCAUUUCUCUCACAUUCCAUAUUUGAUCAGUACUAUGCUCAGAUAGACUGUGAGAUGUAUUUUGAAAACUAGAAACCAGACCACUAUAAAAUGAAACAAUAGUGAAAGAAUUUUAAAUCCCUUAUUCAAUGGCGUGACAUUUAAUUGGAGCGGACAAUAAACCUACUGCUUGUAUUAGUACCCACUCCUAAGGGGCUUGAAAAAAUGCUUUGCAAAUCACAAAAUAUCCACAUCUAUUAUAUAUUUAAAGCCAUAAAAUAAGGUUUAUAUAUUGACAGAAUUAUGUGAUGAAUUGAAAGUCCAUUAAUUUGAUUGCAGCUGAUUGAAUCCAGUAGGAUAACUGUAUAUUUAAAGAUAUAUUAGCAUCCAGCUUGUUAUACAUGUAGCACUGUGGUAUAUAAAUGAGCUGUUAUUUUGCAGGUUUGCACCCUACAAUCCUGACCCAAAAUAUUUGAAACAAAAGACCGACAAAGCAAAAGAACUGCUUCAAGAAAUAAACAGCAUUAAAAUUGAUGAAAACAAAAUGAAACCAAGAGAAGUCAAGGCACUUUCUCAGGUACACUUCCUUUAGUGACCAAGACAGAAUUUCUCCUAACAAUAUCAAUACAAUGUCACAAAAACAUGAUGAAAAUAAAGGAAAAUAUCAUAUUGGGGAUUAUAAGUUGAUCCAACAUUAAAUUCUCAGAGGUGAUAUAAUAAGAAAUGUAUAUUGGACAGUAAGGAGAAUUACUUAUGAGAUGGAGGAAGUGAAAGGGUUAAUGAAAAAUUCAAAAUCAAGAUGCCAUUACUAUUUCUCAGUCUUGACAUACAAUGACUAAGCAUGCAAAUUGUUCAGAAGUUGAAUUAUAUCAGUGUGGUUUAAAGAAGUGUAAUAGAUACUGUAUUUAUUUGUCUCUAAGUUGAGCCAUUUUUAGGGGAUGUUCAACUCAAUUUUAGGUAAUGGAUGAUUAUUGUGGCCUUCAGUUCUUAAUCAUAAGAAUUAUUUUUAGGUCAAGCAUUUUCUCCAGCAUACAUUUGGUUCACCAUAUAGUGAGAAUUAUUAUGCUGGAGACUGGAUGCUGGGCCCUGACGUAUUUUGUUGGCAGACAAUUUGUAAUCUCUAUCACAUCCUUGGUGCUUUUGUGUAUCAUGUUAAACCAAAGACUUAUAAGGAUGUGGAACUAGUUAUCAAUACCUUCAAGAGUCAUAAAACUUCAAUUGAUCGUUAUAGGUAUGUACAUAUAUAUUGUGAUAUAAAUGAACUGCUUGGUAGUUAUAGUUGUGAUUUGAUUACAAGGUUUUCUGUAAGUUUUGAAGAGGGUAGGUGUAUCAAGUUUAUAUUUUGUAACAUCUUCACUUUAUACUUAAUUAGAUAUCAAAAGUUUUUGGAAAAACCCCUUGCUGUGUACUUAAUGAUGUUUCCUGGCUGCCUAUGAUUACAACCUCAAUUAAAAUUGCUUCUUCUCUCAAAUGGGAUGUGGGAGCAUCAUAGAUUAACUGCAUUCCCUGUAUUUGGUCAGGCUUCUAUCAUACUGUGAAUGUUCCCAUAGCCAUGAAUACUCAGGGAUGAAGAGGAGUACUAGAAAAACAAUGACCCAAAAAGUAUGCCUGUGAUGGAUUCUGAACUGUGAUUACCCAGUUCAUACUUCAGUCUUGUGGGAAUAAUCCCUUAACACUUUAACUCCCAAGAUCUAAUUGUCAAUUCUCCCCUCUAGCUGUUACACAUUUCCUUGUAAAUUAGUUAGGGGAAUUUGGUGUUAGAUCAAGAUAAUGACUUCUACCUGAUACGUUUGAGUAUUCUCAUCACCCUUUUUUGAAUAAUGUAUGGAUAUUAUAGCGAGAAGUUACAGGUGAAUCACCUUUGGGAGUUAAAGGGUUAAGAAAAAUAUUGAGGGUGCAUUAACCUAAAGUGAUUACAAUUGGUGUGGUUCCUUUCAGUAAGUGGUUGUUGUGUAAAAUAACUCUUUCUCUUGGACCAUAAUCAAAUGAGAAAAGUCAUCCACAUAGUUGUUGUCUGGGAUAUGUUGUAUCUUAAGGGUGCAUAUAAAUUUGGGUGGCACCCUCAAAAGAAGAUAAUAUUGCCCUUUAGGGAUUUUCCCUAUAUUUUCUGAGUUGACACCUUUUGAUUUUCUAGGAGGGGGAAAAGGGUUCAUCAGGCCAGCCUUGCAGCUACAACAUACCUCUGGCAUGGUGCAAAAUUUAUUUUGAACAAAAAAAAAACUGUUAGUGGCUAAGAUUAUCUUCCAGAUUGCAUUUGCGCAUCACUGAUUUGCAAGCACCCACUUGACUAGUUAUGUAGAAAUUGAUGUACAUCUUGUAUAAUCAUGGAUGAAUUAUAUGAAAUCUGGGUUUUGUGAUAUGUUUGAAUUUUGAUAGAGAAAAUAUGAAGUUAGGUGUGAAAGCUGGGAUGAUACGUACAGUAAUUGACUGUCAAGCUGGUGUGGAUGCUCUGAAGGAGAAAUACAGACAGCUUUCAUUGGCUGAUAACAGCAAAGGUAUCCUCAGUGAAGACUUUGUGAAGAACUAUAUUUUGAACUCAGACUACCUAGCUAAUCUGGAGGAUGGAGUGGAGCAGAAAUGGUCCACUGCCCGCAAUGGCAUGAGUGUGAAUGACUCACUAAAAGACGCAUUGAAAGAAGGUGUUGGCCAGCCUUUGUUAGAUCUGAUAAACUACCUUCAGACUGAACAUAGGAGGCACUGUUUGCCAAAUGAUUUUGCAAGUGGUUUGGCCAACUUGCCUGUUGAUUAUGUGUACACUGAUGGUAUUGCUGACAAAAGUCAGCCCACCACAAAAAUUCUGCCAACUGGAGAGAAGCUGAAUGGUAAAGAAUCAUACAAGAUGAUUCUUUCAUAUUUUACAACUACUGACAUUUCGCCUGAGGAUAUUUUCGCUGAGGGAAAGAGACAGUUGGAUUUUUUCUAUGGCCAGGUAAGUUCACCUUGUCACUCUCCAGAGUGAUUAAGACUGAAGGAGAGGAAAGAGAGAAAUGUCUCUAGUCCAGGCAAUUGGAUUUUUAAAUGUCCCCCUAGAGUUCUCUCAAGUUAGUCUCCUAAAUGAAAGGGUUUUCUUUAAAGAAUAAUGGACAGCAUGUAGUUUUUUUUCUAUGAAAGUGGCUUCAAAGGAAUUUCUCCUUACAUCAGUGUGUUCUUCAAUGAAAAUGUAAUGAGAAAGUAGAAAAUUAUCAACUUGGGGAUAGUAUUUUGUAUAACCUCAAAUUCUCACUGCUAAUAUCAUUAGAAAUGUAUGGCAAACAGUUUUGAGAGUUGAUAUUCUUAUCGUUGAAGUGAAAGGGUUAUUCGUUUGAUUCAAUGCCUCUUCCUGUUCCUAGAAUGUUAAUUUUUUUUUUGUAUUCCAGGUAGUAGAUAUUGCGAAAAAGUACACUGGGAAAUCAAAUGAAACAGAAGCUAUCCAGGUAUUUCGCGAUAUACUGAACUCCUCCAGCAUGUGGCACAACAAUGGCUCUUUUCCCAAGAAUGAAUCUGAUGAAAAUGCUUUCAAGAAGUGUACAAGUCCUGAGACAGCUGCUCAGUUCUGUCCAGUGAGGUGGAAGGCCGUCAACAAGUAUGAAAUUUGAGUUGUUAUUAAUUACUUAGGGGGUAUCAGAGCAAGUUUCGAUUGAGUGCAGAAUUGCUUUCUUUUUGCCUUACUUCGUGCACUAUGUGAUUGGUCUAGAAAACUUGCCCCACUUUUUCAAACUAUCGUAAUCAAGAUCUAUAGUGACUGGCGUGGCCAUUUGCGUUUUCCCGCGCUAGAAGCAGACUGCUUGAUGUUACUUUGAACCCUCAUGGGCUUGUUUCAAUAUUUUCUCUUGAUCUGAUUGGUGGUUGGGUUUACUCUUGUUUUGUUUUCACGACACUCAGUCCCACUCAGCAAGUACAAUGGCAUUACCACCUAUGGAGGCAUGCCUUAGGCAAAAUACAUCAUGCCAGUAUACAUCAUUUUGUGAGUCUCGGCCACAUGAUAUCCCAAAACUUCUGAGAUGCAGACACUUUUGUUUCCUUAUGCUUAGUUUCUCUGCCCACUAAAAAGUUAACGAAAGUAUUUUUGUCAUAACAGGGUAAUUUAGUACUAUCAACUGUGUUGAUAACGUAAAUUAGCCACCGUAAAGAGUUGCAAAGCUGAAGUUUCGAGCGUUAGCUCUUCGACAUUCGCUCUGACGAAGGGCUAACGCUCGAAACGUCAGCUUUGAAACUCUUUACGGUGGCCAAUUUACGUUAUCAACUCAGUUGAUAAUACUGAAUUACCCUGUCAUACUUUUUCCACCGACGCAGCACCACAGUUUCUUUAGAAACUCACCCUUUUUAUUUUUGUCGUUAAUUCAGCUUUUUCUCUUACUCUUCAGCCGUUCAUUGAGUUGAAAUUUGAAAGCCUAACCUUGUAUAUUUGUUCACUCCCAGAUGGGCGCGGUACUGUCGUCAAGUAAUGGGGAUGCUUUAUCCAAAGAUCACAAAUGCGUUCUAUUUCACUGGUUCCAAGAACACAGUUCCAAACUGUCCUGUAGAGAUGUUACCACAUUACAAUCCUUCCAAUGGCGCUCAGUUUUUUAUGAUGUCUGAUGCAGAAUGUUCCAAACCCACUUACUUUGGUCUUCCGUUCUUUCUGAAGGACUUCGGCCCAAUCUUCCAAGAGUGGUCCGUUACCGGUCAUGAGGCCAGGCCUGGUCACCAUACUCAGGUGCAAGGUAGGUAUUAGUUGUUUGGUUUUUCUCAGCAACUUGGAGUAUCGAUACUCCCUUUCGAUGGGAUGUUUCAGGUUCCGCUGACAGCUUUCUGGAGCCUGCAGUGCAGGCUUCUUAUGCUGGAGUUAACGUUAUAAGCUCGCGCUCCUUUAUCCGACCGGCCAUGAUUCGUUUGGAGUUAGAUGGUGGGGGAAGGAGGAGGGGGAAGGGCGAGCACUCCCCCACCCUAACCCCUCUCCUUGUUUUUGACCGUCGACUGCCCCCUUGGUACAAAUUUCUUACUCUCCUCAGCCUUCCGAUGCCAUUAAAAUCGAAGAUGGCGACCAUAAUUUCGUUAAGAAAAUACUGAGCACUCGCUCUGCAGGCCGGCUUUCUGGUAGCCAUCGCACUCUUGGGUGGAAAUAGAUACUGUAAUUGGAAAUAUUCUCGCUUAGGAUCAUAACAUUACGACCCUUGACUGGUAUCGAAUCCGCACCUGUCAGUAAGCAACCAAGGGCGUGAACCACCAGGCUACCGCUUGUCCGAAAGUGGAGGAGGCUUUCUCAACUAAUAAGGAAUCCUUGUUGGGAAAUCUUGGCUAUUUUUUGUGGGAGAGAGUCCUCUGACGAAUCAGGAAACGAAGAAAAGGAAAACAAUGUGAUUCCGGAUUACGUGACUACCGGUACAUUACUAGGAUUCGUUUGAGUAUUGACUCGUGUAUUUUGGUGUGCUUUCAGGCCAAGUAGAGCACUUUGCUGACCAGUGUGGAGGAAUACCAGGCUGGCUGGAUAACAACACAUACUACACCGCUUUCACUGAGGGCUGGGGAUUAUACAGUGAAAACCCUGUUCUCUCUGAUGACACGGAUACGUACAAAGACAACCUGCUGCAGAAGUAUGGCAUGGUGAAAUGGCAGGUAUGUGUGAAACUUGAGUGAUUUCUAGGUUCCACUCUACCCAUUUAUUCUGUGUUCACAGGAAUAAUAUUUUAUCUUUUGCCUCGCGCUCACGAAGUAUGCGUUGCAUUACCAAAAUCUCUUACUAAGAUGGUAUUCUUUUGAAGUGUAUUUCUGAUAUACACCAUUUAAAGAUUGUAAUAAAAGCAAAAGAAAUAAUUGUGGCACAAGAAACCAUAACAGAAAGUCUUGUCUAAACAGGGCAAUCGUAAAGCACCAGCGUCUUAAAUCUGUGGUAUGCAAGCUUAGUUAUCAUGGCGCCAGUUUUGAAAAAUUGAUAAACAUGUAGCCUAUUAAGUAAGUUUCUACAAGUAGAGUUAUACUUAGCAUUCACGUUUUUUUGUCUGCUUGUUUCUUUGUUUGUUAUUUUUGUCAUGCAGACCUGGCGUGCAGUACGACUUAUUGUGGACACAGGGCUGCAUUAUCGAGGUCUCAGUAGGUAAGUUCAUGUUCCUGUCAUGUUGUGUGUGGUUGACUGUUUUUUGAAAGCUGUAAGCUGCAAGUUGUACUGGUAGCUUUUUCCAAAAUUCUCACACCUCCACCCCAACGAUGCUUUUUGCGAAGUCGCACAAAACAAUAUUUUUUCCUUUAGAACUGAAGCCCUUGCGAUGUUCGAAAAAUAUGCUUGGGACACUUCGGAUUUUGCAGUGAAGGAAGUUACACGGUACCAGAGCGUGCAAGGCCAGGCAACGGCGUACAUGCUGGGGAGACUGACGCUAAUGCAGCUGCGUAGCAAGACUAAGGAAGCCUUGGGGAAGAAUUUCAACCUUAAGGAUUUCCAUUACCAGGUGUUAAGUCAAGGGUCAGCUCCGCUGUCUUUCCUACAGUCUUAUAUCGAUAGGUACAUCAAGUGCAUGAAAAAGGAACUUGGGAACGAGGAGUGCAGUUAUGUGCUCAAACCGGUUAAACCUGAUAAAACCGCUAAAGCUGAAGUGUCUGCUAAGCAAAUGCCCCCUAUGAUUGAAAAAAGGCACUAUGUUUAGCCCGCCCAAACUGCUCUAGGUUGUUUUUCAGCGUUUUUGUUUUUUACAUUAGAUCGUUUAUCGAUUGUAUCAAAUUGUUUUGCCUGAGAUGUUUUUUUUUCUUUUUCAUGCUAGACUACCUUACGCACACUUGUAAAGCUCAGAAACUUACUAUUGAUAAAGCUUUGCAAAGUUAUAAUUUUCGGGAUAAAAUAUCAUCUGUUUAGUUUGUAAAGCACCGAUGGCUUAGUAACGGAACUGCAGUUUUAAAAAGAAACAGCUCUUUUUCAAGGGGCUGGCUGUUAGGAAGGCGUUCAGCGCGAAAACUAGAAUUUAAAAGUCAACCACUGUGUUAAUUUCUCUCUUUUAAAUGCACAUAUUGGAGAAAGGGUUAAAGGAGUUUUAGCGCGACAUAAAGCAAAACUGAAGAAAAUAGAGUAGAAAUGGCUUAAUUGUCAGCAAAUCAAAUAGUUCUAUCAAAUAUUCGCACUAAUCCUUGGUUGACUUAAUCGUCUUUUGAACAUACCGGCCCUCGGGCAGAUUUUCGGUUGUGGUAAUCCAGUUGUAAAUGAUACUAUUAAAAUUACACAGUCCCUCAACAGU